AGCGAAGCUUUGGUGCGACUAUAAUUUUCGGCGACGAAUUAAACAAAUAUCUGUACUAUAUUUUACAAGAGCGAAUGAGUUACAUUUUUUAAAAAGUUGAAUAAAGUACGCAAUCGCGGCACAUCAGAACGAGUUGCUAAACGGAAUAUCAUUUAAGAUAACACAUAAUUAUUGGGAAUUAUUGGGAAGCAACAAUAUGCAUUCCAGCAAAGUUUUUUGUUUCCAUAUAAAUAAAUUGCCAUUGGUGUGUUAUGUGUGGCAGAGACGGAUCAUAAGUUCUCCACAUUCCAUUUGCAAUGAUGUAAUAUUAGUGAAAAGUGAAAGUUUUAAUCACUAUCGACAACAGCGACAACAGCAACGUAUUGCCAGCAGUUCAGCGCAACACACGAGCAAUAACAAUAAUGCUAAAUCAACGCCGCCUAAACAUGAUUGGAAUCGAGCAGUUAGUGAAGCGGAACGUAUUGUAGGCUAUCCCACUUCGUUUUUGAGCUUGCGCUGGCUGCUUAGCGACGAGAUAGCGAAUGUGGCUUUGCAUUUGCGCAAAUUAGUCGGCAGCACCCACCCGCUCUUAAAGACAGCCAAGCAUUUGCUGUAUAACGGCAAGAAUACGAUGCAAGCGUGGGGUCUGAUCGUUUUGCUUGUAUCUAAAGCAGCUGGACACUCACCAAAUAUCUCAGACAUGGAACAAGAUAAAAGCGCUGGCGUUUUGCAUACCCAACGCGGCUUAGCCGAAAUCACGGAAAUGAUUCGUAUAUCCCAUUUGGUGCAUAAUAGUUUAGUUAAUUUGCAAAAAAAGAAAAAUUCCAGUAUUCCAGAAGACUCACCUACCUUUGAAGACAUGACAUUCGGCAAUAAAAUUGGCCUAUUAACAGGAGAUUAUUUGCUAGGUCAUGCCAGUUAUGAAUUGGCCAAUUUACGUAAUCAAGAAGUGGUUGAACUAAUCGCAUCCGCUAUACGAGAUUUUUCUGAAUCUGAGUUCAUCGGUGAACGUGAUCAACAGAACAAUCCUUUACCUUCGAAACCUGAAACAAACAACAUUUCAGCAAGGAAUAUCGGUGCAAACAACAUCGAUUUCGAUGAAAGUGAUUGCGCUAGACCGCUAAACAUUAGCAAAGUAAUGGGCAUUCCUGAAAAGGAAUGGGAAUGCCGCAACAUAUUGAACGCGGGAAGUUUGCUAGGAAAGUCUUGCAAAGCUACAUUAAAACUGGCUGGUCAAAGUGAGGAAAUGCAACGACAAGCAUAUCUCUUUGGCAAGCAUCUUUCUUUAGCUUGGCAGGCCUGUCUGGAUGCUGAACCUUUUCAGGCUACGACCUUACCCAUGGAUUGUACUUUUAGUUUGGUAAGUGCCCCGGUACUUUUUCACCUCGAAUAUGAUCCAAAUUUAUACGACGAAAUCGAAAAAGGCAAAAUAUCGAUCGAAAAUGUCGAUUACAUCAAAAUACAUAAAGCUAUAUUGCAAGGACCCGGGUUGAAAAAAACUAAACAGCUACAACGUAAACAUACCACUGCAGCUAUGCGAGUGUUAGAGAAUUUUCCACCCACUGAUGCCCGUACAGCUCUUGAAAAUAUUAUACUAGCCAUGCAAGAUCUAUAAACAUAUGUUUGACUUAUAAACCCAUUAAAAACUAAUAAAUAGGUGGUGGCUACGUGAGUACGGUUACGCGAUUUAAUGAAAACACACAUUUUAUA